UUAUUAAUCUGAAAUUUAUGUACGGUCACUCAAUUUUAAGCACACGUGCGGAUUCAAAAGAAGGAAAUUAAUGUACAAGCGCAGCAAAAUGAACGACGAAAACAAAGGCCAAUUGAGUAUGGAGGUGGUGGAGCCCGAGGACGCGGAGACUGAUACGGAUUCAGACAGUGCUAGUGAUGCGGAGGACGAAAGCGCCAAGCCCAAGGUGCCUAAGGAAGUCUAUCUGCCGGGAAAAAUGCUGGCCGAGGAUGAAGAGCUGGUCUGCGACGAGAGUGCCUACGUGAUGCUGCACCAGGCUUCCACAGGGGCUCCCUGCUUGAGCUUUGACGUCAUCCCCGACGAGUUGGGCACAGGACGGCAGGCGUUCCCGAUGGCCGCUUACAUCGUGGCUGGCACGCAAUCCGCUCGCACCCACGUUAAUAACCUCAUCGUGAUGAAGAUGAGCAACCUACACAAGACGCAGGAAGAUGACGGCGACGAAGACGAGGAAUUAGAGGACGACCAGGAUGACAUUGCCGACCGUGAGGAGCUGAAGAAGCCGCAGAUGACUUGUGCCCUGAUUAAGCACCAGGGAUGCGUUAACCGAGUACGUGCCCGCCGUUUGGGUAACACGGUGUACGCCGCCUCCUGGAGCGAGCUUGGACGCGUCAAUAUCUGGAACCUGACCCAACCCUUGCAGGCCGUGGAAGAUGCUAGCCUACUUAAGCAGUACGAACAGCAGAACGAGGACCGUCCGAUGUUUACCUUUGGGGGACACCAUCAGGAGGGUUUCGCCGUGGACUGGAGUCCUAUUGCAGAGGGCGUGCUCGCCACGGGCGACUGCAGACGGGAUAUUCACGUGUGGAGUCCCUUAGAGGACGGCACUUGGAAGGUGGACCAACGUCCGCUGGUGGGCCACUCUCAGUCGGUUGAGGACUUGCAAUGGAGUCCAAACGAGCGCAGCGUGCUCGCGUCCUGCUCGGUGGAUAAGACGAUUCGCAUUUGGGACUGCCGAGCGGCCCCGCAAAAAGCCUGCAUGCUGACCUGUCAGGAUGCCCACGAAAGCGACGUUAAUGUGAUUUCGUGGAAUCACUCAGAGCCUUUUAUUGCCAGCGGCGGUGAUGAUGGCUUCCUGCACAUUUGGGACCUACGCCAAUUUCAGAGCCAGAAGCCUAUUGCCACGUUUAAGCACCACACGGACCACAUAACCACAGUGGAAUGGAGUCCCUGUGAGGCCACCGUCCUGGCCUCGGGUGGCGACGACGACCAGAUCGCCUUGUGGGAUUUGGCCGUGGAGAAGGACACCGACCAGGCUCAGGCCAAUGCCCAAAACGAAGAUGAAGUUAGCAAGUUGCCACCCCAGCUGCUUUUUAUUCAUCAGGGCCAGAAGGAAAUUAAGGAGCUACACUGGCACGCUCAACUUCCGGGCGUACUGCUAUCGACAGCCCACAGUGGCUUUAACAUUUUCCGCACCAUUAGCGUAUGAUCUUAUUUUACCGACUGAAUGUUUUUUAGCUACGUAUGUAGUACGUCACAUAAAUAUACUUUUUAGGGGUGCAUUAUUUGUAAAGAGAAUUUGCUUUGCCUUAAUAAUCCUGGCCGGGACUCUGCCCACCAAAAACAUUAAAACAUAUUUUCUCCUGAAUAUAAAUCUGAACUAAUUA